CUUAGAUGUUUUGCACGAUCGAAUGGAGGGCUUGUAAUUGACGAAUACCGGGCCAAAAUAUGGCCAGUGCUAGCCCGACGACUUGUAAAAUCUGAUGAAGACGAAGAAAUCGAUUAUGACUCGGUAUCUUCUGUUUCUGAUACCAAUUCAAUCAGGUCAUCUGACGAUGAAGAUGAAUUGAAGUCUCAUCCAGAAUGGAAUCAAGUUGCACUUGAUGUUCACAGAACAUUAGCGAGGUUUCCCCCAAAUAUAACUGAUGAAACAAGAACAACUCUUCAAGAUCAGCUUACCCCUUUGAUUAUUCGAGUUCUGCGUACGAAUCCACGAUUUCGAUAUUACCAGGGCUUCCACGACGUAUGCUUAACAGUGAUCUUGGUUUGUGGGAAGGAGGUCGCCUACGAGGUUUGCAGGAACCUUGCUAAUCACGGACCGUUCCGAAGUUAUUUGCUGAAAAGCCUAGAUAAAAGCGUAUUGAAGGAGUUAGAACUUUUAUAUGUCAUAUUGUCUAGAGCAGAUCCACAGCUAGAACGGGUAUUACGUGAAGUCCACUUGGGUACUAUGUUCGCUCUGAGCUGGCCGCUCACAUGGUUCAGUCACUCACUUAAUCAUUAUCAGCAGAUUGUACGAUUUUUCGAUGUAUUCCUUGCCUCACCUCCACUGACUUCAAUAUACGUGAGCGCUGCCAUAGUUUUGAAAAGAAAAUCAGCUAUAUUAACAUCUCAACGAGAAAUGCCUAUUAUUCACCAACUUCUUAUGAAUAUGCCAAACGAACUUCACUUGGAUGCAAUCCUUUCGGAUUCCUUAUAUCUCGCUUCCCUUAUGCCACCUCUUGCCCUGAAGACAGAGUUUACUCGGUUGUAUAGAGCACGAGUAAGUUUCAGAUGGCCACCAAUCUCGAGGUACGCCAUUACGAUGGUUGCCGCAGUUGGAGUUGCAGGAGCAGCAUACUAUUUUAAUCUAGGCAGUAGGUUCUCAUUCUCAUUUUGA